AUGGCGGCCGCCGAGCCCAAGUCCCCCGCGGCAGCCGGGGCGGCCGCGGCCCGGCGCCUGGCUCGGGGCUGCUGGUCCGCCUUCUGGGACUACGAGACACCCAAGGUGAUCGUGGUGAAGAACCGGCGCCUGGGCAUCGUGUACCGCACCGUGCAGUUACUCAUUCUGCUCUACUUCGUGUGGUACGUGUUCAUCGUGCAGAAGAGCUACCAGGACAGCGAGACUGGCCCGGAAAGCUCCGUCAUCACCAAGGUCAAGGGUCUCACCUUGUCAGAGCACAAAGUGUGGGACGUGGAGGAGUACGUGAAACCCCCCGAGGGGGGCAGCGUGUUCAGCAUCAUCACCAGGAUCGAGGUCACCUCCUUCCAGACCCUCGGAACCUGCGCGGAGAGUAUGAGGGUCAGAAAUGCCACCUGCGACUCGGACGAGGACUGCGUGGCUGGGCAGCUGGAUAUGCUAGGAAACGGCCUGCGGACCGGGCGCUGCGUACCUUAUUACCACGGGCCGUCCAAGACCUGCGAGGUGUCUGGCUGGUGCCCGGUGGAAGAUGGCGCCUCAGUCAGCCAAUUUCUCGGCAAGAUGGCCCCAAAUUUCACCAUCCUCAUCAAGAACAGCAUCCACUACCCCAAAUUCCAGUUCUCCAAGGGCAACAUCGAGAACCGGAAGGAUGGCUACUUGAGACACUGCACAUUCCACGAGGUCUCUGACCUCUACUGCCCCAUUUUCAAGCUGGGCUACAUCGUGGAGCAGGCAGGGGAAAACUUCACAGAAUUGGCGCACACGGGUGGUGUCAUUGGUGUCAUUAUCAACUGGGAUUGUGACCUGGACCUGUCAGCAUCCAUGUGCAACCCCAAGUACUCCUUCCGAAGGCUCGACCCCAAGCACAUCCCAGCCUCAUCUGGCUACAACUUCAGGUUCGCCAAGUAUUAUAGAAUAAACGGCAGCAGCACUCGCACACUCAUCAAAGCCUACGGGAUCCGAAUUGAUGUCAUCGUGCAUGGACAGGCAGGGAAGUUCAGCCUGAUCCCCACCAUCAUUAACCUGGCCACAGCGCUGACCUCCAUUGGGGUGGGCUCCUUCCUGUGUGACUGGAUCCUGCUAACAUUCAUGAACAAAAACAAGGUCUACAGCCAUAAGAAAUUUGACAAGGUGUGUACACCAAGGCACUCAGGUAGCUGGCCUGUGAUCCUGGCCCUUGUUUUGGGCCAGGCUCCUCCCCCACCUGGUCCCUGCUUCACACACCCAGGGCUGGCAGGCCAGCUGUGGGGUGAGGGGCAGAGCCAGGUCCUGGCUGCCCCACCUCCACGGCCUUGCCCCACCUCUGCCCCAUCUGAGCAGAUGGUGGAUGCUCCUGGCGGGGGUGCAGGACCAGGGCUCUGCGCUUCUGAGCCUUCCCAACAGGACUGCACACUCACAGACGGCCGAGGUCUGGCCCAGCUCUGAGCCCCCUCCUGCCUUCUAUCACGUGGCACCGGAGACCUGGGCCUAUUGGGGCCCCUGAAGUUUUUGGUCCCAAGACAGUCCCCAGGAGCACGGUUGGGACCUUUGACCUGGGCCCUGCCCACACACCUUGGCAAAACCAGCAACCAAAGGACCCCUGUGCAACCAGGCAGUGGGGUGACCUGAAGUGGGGGGCCCCUACUCCCACCUGCCCUCUAUCUUUUCUCCCAACCGCCCAGGGGCCUAGAGGGGGCAAGUUCCACCUCCACCUUCUCCCCACCCUCCAAUCCUUUGCUCACCUCAUAGCCAAGAAAUCACAUACUGAGUCCAAUAAA